AUGCGUGAGAGGACGCAUGCUUCAGACACCGAUGGUGUAUCAGACGAUAUUCGUGCCAUUUCCCUUGCAUUACAACAUCCAGAUGUGGAGGUACUUGCGUUCACUACAGUUCAUGGAUGCGUUUCUGUGGAGCAGGCAACAGCGAACGUAAAAAGAUGUCAGCGUGCUAAUGGAGUCCCAGCAACUAUCCCAACCUACAAAGGAGCGCAAGAGCCGAUUCUUGGCAAGGAACCUCGGCAGAAUACCGAAAGCAUCUUCUUUGGCAAAGAUGGAAUAGGAGACCAGCCGGAUGCAUUUCCUGAGGUCCAAGAAGACGAUUUCGAGCCAACUUCAGAGGAUGUAGCUGCAAUAGCACUUAUUCGACUUGCCAAAGAACAUCCUACGGCCACAUUGGUCUGCUUAGGGCCACUUACUAAUGUGGCCCUUGCACUGAAAUUAGAUCCAAAUUUCAACUUCAAACGAGUUGUCAUCAUGGGAGGAAACUACUACGGGAUCGGAAACGUAGCAUCGAAAUCGUCAGCUGAAUUCAAUUUCCACGGCGAUCCCGAAGCUGCCUCCAUUGUUCUUCAUAAGUUAGCUCCACAGUUGGUUGUAGUUCCGUGGGAAGCGUUCUUCCUCGAGGGAGCAAAGCAUCAAAAAGAAGUGGACUUCAACGCCCAUCUUCAUUAUGAUACCAAGCUGGCUUCUUUCCUGAGAACAGUGACCAGUAGAGGUAAGCUAGCGCUUGUGCUACGAUUUGAAUAG